AUGGAUGAUGGUAAUCUUGUUGGUUCAGGAAAUGGAGGAUCUCAUAGCUAUCGUAGAUCCCCACAACCAACCCCUGCCCGUUCCCCUUCACCUGAUAUGGAGAUGAGCCUGGAACUGCCUGCUCAUCUCUACCAGACAAUUGCUGCCAAUGUAGAACAUUAUGAACGCACCAUUCGGGAGCAAGACCGAUUCAUGCCAGCAGCAAACGUGAUCAGAAUCAUGCACAAGAUCCUUCCUCCCCAUGCCAAAAUAUCUGAUGGCUCCAAGUUGAUCACCCAAGAAUGUGUCUCUGAGUUCAUAGGCUUCAUAACAGGUGAAGCCAACGAUUGUUGCCAGCGUGAUCAGCGCAACACCAUCACCGCUGAAGACGUGCUUUGCGCCAUGGACAGGUUUGGUUUUGAUGACUACGUUAGAACCUUGGCUUUGUACUUGCAUCGUUAUCGUGAGUAUGAUGGUGGUCGUGGAUCCACAAGAAGGGAGCCUUUGUUGUUAAGGCGUUCAAUGGUUAGUCCAGCUUCAGUCUACAGCAUCACGCCCUAUCAGGGGGAUGCAUCAAAUGGAAACACUUCUCAAGGAGAUGCUGUGGAUAUUAAAGUUGAGUCUCCUGUGAAAGAAGCUAAGGAGUGA